GUGUAGCUUUCUACUCCAUCUCAGACAUCGCAGAUCGUCUCCUCAGCACCCCGGCUCACCCCAUGCCCUCCCUGGAGGAAGGGUACUGGCUCAGCUUCUCCUCCUCUUCGUCCUCUGACUCCUCCAUCCUCCUCCACUCCCUCCUGGAGGAGCUCAGCCCCCCCGCCAUGGCUGCCUUCGACCUGGCCUGCUGCCACUGCCAGCUGUGGAAGACGUCCCGGCAGCUGCUGGACACGGCGGAGAGAAGACUCAGCAGCAGCCUGGAGGCCAGAGGAGUGAGAUCGGACACUAAGGCGCCCCACUCUGAGGGGAUCCGAGGAUUUCCCACAGUGCUUCAUCAGAUCAACAAGAUCCUCAAUCAUCCCGCCACCAACAAGAGCUCCGGCAAAUCAGGUGAUUAUGAAACACUCUUUUGUCAAUGAGAAAGUGUCGUUUUA